AUGAAAUUUGUAAUCGAUGAUCUUGAAGUCAUUUUCCCAUACAAAUUUCUAUAUAAAGAAUAGUUAGAGUAUAUGCAAGCACUCAAAUAAACUCUAGAUGAAAAGGGACAUGGAAUCUUGGAGAUGCCUACAGGAACAGGGAAAACAGUCUCAUUGCUAGCAUUGAUUAUUGCAUAUUUGGCAUAAAGACCUAACACUGUUAAAAAGUUGAUCUAUUGCACACGUACAGUUGUAGAAAUGGAAAAAACAUUAGAAGAAGUCAGAUUGGUUUUGAAAGCCAGAAAAGCUGAAGGUCUUAACGAUAAUUUUACUGCUGUCGGAUUGAGUUCAAGAAAAAAUCUAUGCAUCAAUCCAGAUGUGAUCAAUUAAAAAGACAGAGUUGACGCUGAAUGCAGAAAACGAACAGCUGAAUGGGUGAAAAGGGGAUAAAAUGAAACAUGCAUCUUUUAUGACAAUUAUGAAAAAUCCGGCAAAGAAACCAUUGCCAAUCUUCCUCAUGAUGUUUACAGCUUAAAUGAUUUACGUAAGAAUGGAGCUUAUUCUAUUCAAUGUCCCUACUUUACUGCUAGAGAAAUGGUCAAAAAGGCUAAUAUUGUAGUAUAUAAUUAUCUCUACUUGAUUGAUCCAACAGUUUCUUCAUAAUUAACAAAAGACUAAAUCAAAGAGAGUGUCGUUGUGUUCGAUGAGGCUCACAAUAUUGAUGAUGUCUGCAUUGAAGCCUAUACAGUGAGAUUGAAUAAGCCUAUUUUGGCUGAAGCAAUCAAUAAUCUCAAAGUUGUGGAGACUCAAAUUUAGAGUGAAACUAAUGAAAUCUAAAAUAGAUUGAAUGAAGAAUAUAAGAAAUUGAUUAAAAAUUUGGAAAAGAAACCAGAGGGAGAAUUGAAUCAAUUGGUUAUCCCUGGACAGAUUAGGAAAGCAAGAAAUUUCAUUGAUUUCAUGAAAAGAGUUAUCAAUUCACUUAGGAAGAAACUAAAGGAUAAUUCUGAGGCUUUAAAGACAUCACAUGCUAUAUUGCAUAACACUAAAGGGUUUACCGAAGAAAUUUAGAAGGAAGGAAAUUUAGAUAUUGAUUCUCUCAAAUAAUGUGGAGAAAGAUUAAAUCUAUUGUUGAAUACUUUGCAAAUUGCAGAAACUGAUAAGUUUAGACCACUUAGUUCAGUUGCGUAAUUUGUUAUGUAUUUAGUAUAAUAUCAGGAAGGGUUCAAAGUAAUAUUUCAAUCAAAUAACUACGAAGGGACAUUGAAUGAAAAAUUAAUGACUCUGGCUUGUUUUGAUAGUUCAUUGGCUAUGAAAAAUAUCUUUGCACAAUUUCAAUCUGUUAUUCUAACUUCAGGGACAAUGUCACCAAUUGAAAUUUAUCCUAAAAUCUUAGACUUUAAACCAGUUGUUGCUAAAUCUAUUGAUAUUGAAUUGACUCGUAAUUCCAUUCAACCUAUCAUUGUAACUAUGUCUGAGGAUGGAACUGAAUUGACAUCAGAAUUUACCUUAAGAAACAAUGAAGAUGUGUCUAGGAACUAUGGUAAUUUUCUGCUUGAAUUAUCUGAAAAUGUACCUGAUGGACUCAUUGUCUUUAUGCCUUCAUACAGUAGAAUGGAGGAGUGGGCAAGUAUUUGGAAUAAAUUUUCAAAAAAUAAAGUAUUGUUUAUAGAGUCGAAGGAUGUAGCUGAGACAUCAUAAAAAUUAUAACAAUAUCGUAAAUGUUGUGAUGUUGGUAGAGGAGCUGCUUUAUUUUCAAUUGCAAGAGGUAAGAUUGCAGAAGGUAUAGAUUUUGAGGGUCAUUAUGGGAGAUGUGUAGCUGUGAUUGGAUUUCCAGCGUUGAACAGUAAAGACACUUUGAUUUUGGAGAGAUGUAAAUUCUUAGAAGAGAAAUUUAAAAUAACAAAAAAUGAUUUUAUAGAAUUUGAUGCAAUGAGAUAAACAUGCUAAUGUUUGGGAAGAGUUCUAAGAGGUAAGCAAGAUUAUGGAAUUAUGAUUAUGGCUGAUAAGAGAUUUGCUUAGAAAAGUAAAUUACAAAAAAUGCCUAGGUGGAUUUAUAAAUAAUUGGACUAAUCUAGAUGUUUAAAUAUUACUAGUGAGACUGCUAUCACUGUAGUUCGAGAUUUCUUUAGAUAAAUGGCAUAACCUUUUAAAAUUGCAGAUAAUAGUUAUUUUACACAAGACACAUUAUGA